AUGGCGGCUCCUCGACAAAUCAGUCUAAUCACUGGCAACGCCAACAAGCUCGCAGAUGUCAAGGAAAUCUUGGAACCGAGAGGUUUCGUGGUCAGGAACCAAUCGUUGGACAUUCCCGAGUUACAAGGCACCAUUGAAGAAAUCACCAUUGCGAAAUGCAGAAGAGCGGCAGAGCUGGUAGGAGGACCAGUCUUGGUAGAUGACACGGCAUUGUGCUUUGAGGCCAUGAACGGAAUGCCGGGCCCGUACAUCAAGUACUUUCUCGAAGCUCUGGGGCCGGAAAAGCUGCAUCUCAUGCUGGCCGGCUUCGAAGACAAGAGAGCGCAGGCGGUAGCCACGCUCGGCUACUCGCAAGGACCAGGCCACGAGCCCGUCUUGUUCCAGGGGCGCGUCGAUGGCCGGAUCGUGGCGGCGCGCGGCACUCUGAGGUAUGGGUGGCAUGCUUGUUUCGAGUUUGAAAAGACGGGCCAAACCUUUGCCGAGAUGGAGGAUGCUGAGAAACACAAGAUAUCGCAUUUGGGAAAGGCAUUGGAUAAGCUGGCUCAAUAUUUGGAACAAGGUGCGCAGUCAUGA